CUGUGUUUGAACGGCCGGUUUUAAUGGACACCUGUUGAAAUGUCCGGACGGUGCAGUUCUGGGAUGCUUACCUGGUCUGGCUGAGGAGGCUGGUGCUACAGCAGCUACGAGCAGCAGGAGCAGUCCAGAAGACCCACCGCGGGAUGAAGUACCUCUUCUCUCAGGAUAACAAACAGUGGAGGAGGACUGUAUGUACCUGCAGGUGCUUCCUCUGGUUGGAUACAGAUUGAAGCCAAGCUGAAAAACGUGAAGAUGAAGAAGGCGAUGAUGAUGAAGUCGUACCAUUCGAGGGUGCACAUUCCUCGUUGAUCAUCCCAGUAAGUGUGAAGAGGGCGAAAACCAGGAGGGAGAACAUGAUCAUCAGCGCCUCCAGCUCUGUCAGUGGAGAUGCCAUCUACACCCGCUGCCACAUCUGUGUCAACAGUGAACAUCUCAUCUGUAACAUCACCUGUCGCCCCACGAAGAUGACUCCCCUUCCAAUCACACACUGAAUUAAAAUUAGGAUGAAGCACUUACCAAGAGAGUGUUACUGGGGUGUUUAGGUGUUGACCUUGGCACAGCAGCUUCUUGACACACACAUACACUCCCUCUCUCUCUCUCUCUCUCUCUCUCUCUCUCUCUCUCUCUCUGUGUCUCUCUGUUGUGUCUCUCUCUUUGUCACACACUUGCACACUUGCAAGAGCUGUGAAGAGCUGACUGACACGUCCCCUCUCAGGUUCAAGUGAGAUCAUAUUAACCCUAAUUAUUAAUGGGCCCUGUGGGUGUGUGUGCAGUGGGCUGUGUGUGUGUUUACCAAUAUCAACUCCCCAUGUUAAAUGUAUGAAUAUCUACUCUUUAAGAUUUAAGGUUGCUUUUUCAGACGGAGUAUUUGACCUAGAUGGUGUAGCAUGCAACUGAAACUUUCUCUGGAGGGUAAAGGGUUUUCUGUUUUUCUUUCCAAGAGCUCCUUUGCUGUGGUACCUGUGCUGAUGCAAUGGAAAACAUCCAUUUGUUUCCUAAAACAACCCCCUACUCAUCAUCGGUGCCUGCACCUUCACACAAAUGCAUCUUUUGUAGAUUAAUAUGUAAAACAUACACUAGUUGUACACAAGUGUUAAUGGAAGAGUGCUCAGACCACAAAAUGGGUUCACUCUGACUUCCGCAUUUCCAGUGGAAGUAAGUGGUUUUGCAGUGAUGUUUGUGUGCAUUCUUGUACAGUGGUGUAUGUAUACGUGUGAAAAGUUUGUCGUGGGCACAUCUGAUAAGGAGUUGACCUCUGAAUGAGCAAGCAGAGUUAAUGUCAGAUUGUCAGUGGUGGUAUUUCUGUUGAUGAAACAUAUGUUCAGUUUACUUUCAGUUCAACUGAAGAACAAUCAACACAUCAAAGUAGAGAAGCGAUUAAGAGCACUUUGAGCUCAACCACAGUUUUGAAUAGAGUUUCUAUUGUGCUUCCUUUGUAAAGAGACAAGGUGGAACUACAAAUAGAUGCAGAUGAGAAUCUGUCAGCAGUUUUUAGAUUUACAGUUUUUGUGGCUCUGGCACAGAGUGAUCAUUAUCAAUAGACCUUUACCCAGUGUAAAUGUGGUGGGAGCUUUGCUGGGGAUUACGUGAGGUCACAGGGCAUUAUGUUCCAAUAAGUAUAUUAACGGUGUAUUUCGUCCCACCCACUCUGGGUCAACAAGUUAAACUAGAGAGUCAGGGAGGUAAACAAUUUGUACACGUCCACUCAGUGGAUAAUACAGUUUUACUGUUAAACUUAAUGGUUGCAUAAAUGUGACCAUUUGACCACACCUCAGAAUAAAAAAACAAAAAAGUUGAGGAUCCCCAUUGAUCCUCAUUUUUAUUGGGAUCCACAACAAAUUAUACUCAUUCAUAGAUACCAACCACUGUCUCUUUUUCAUCAAGAUACAUGCAUUAUUCUCUGAGAAAAUUUGAAAAAAAUGGUAAUACUACCAGGAUCUGCCCCAAAUUUUAAUGGGGUCUAUUCUGGUCCGAGACCCAUCCUCCUUCCAAGUUUCGUGGAAAUCCGUUUUGUAAUUCUUUUUUUUUUUUUUUUUUUAAUCCUGCUGACUGACCAACCAACCAAUCAACCAAAUAAUCAUCCUCCUUUACUGAGGUAAUAAUUGCCACACCUUGGAUAAUAAAACCAGACAAGGAUCAAUGAUAUACAGGGUGUGCAGGAUCCAAUCUAAAAAUAUAGUAACAACAUAUAAACUAGCAUAAAAGUGAAAUGAAGAAAACUUCUCAUGCAUCUUGGAAGUAGAGCUACUUGAGUGUUUUCUUGGCUCAGAAAAGAGAAACGCACCACCAGAGUAAGAGUGGACAGCCACUGCCUCUUCACCUUAAUUAACCACCACUCUUCAGUGAUCACCUGAAGUCACCCAUUUUCCAAAUAUAUAUCAUUCAUAAUCCUCAUGGCUUGAGACCAUUUUGAGAGAGGAUUACACCCUCACCACCCAAACACACACAUGCACACACACACACCUACACACACAGGUUAAGUGAAAACACAAUAUGGUUUGUGUAUGAUUUGAUUUUCACGUCCGGUCAGCUGACCGAUGUGCCUUUAAUCCUUUAAUAUGACGGAGUCUAUCAACACAUUGUCUCUCAACAGGGAGUCCCCUGACGACAGCCAGGUCAUUUGUGUGUGUGUGUGUGUGGGUGUGUGUGUGUGUGUUCUACUGCUGUCCAUGUGCACAAGUUGUAUAAGCUUAUUAACAGCACCAUUGGUCAGAGGAGGAGAUUGAGGUUAGUCUAAGCCCUAAUCCUCAUGGAGCGUAUGCUUAUUACCCAGCGAGCACGACAAAGUGCUGGCUCCGCCCCUUCAAGAAAGACACGCACACACACACGCACAUACACACGCCAUUGCAACACACAUUUUCCCUGCCUCCUUGUUUACUGCUCAGCUCCAUCUCAACUCUUCCUCUCUCCGUCUCUCUCUCAGCAGGAGGGCAGUGCAGGAGGAGGGGGAGGAGGAGGUGUUGCGCACUGUUGAGUGCCAGUCGUCAUGACGACCUCACACCCCACCAUCUCCAGAGCUGUCUUCCUGUUGCCACGGUGACCUGAUCCCGUUCCAUCUCCUCUAUGAUCCAGAUUGGACUGAUACAGGAGAGCGAUCCGGGAGCAGUGUCCUCUUUCCUUGAAAGCAGCUCGUUGAUGGGACAGUGGAUCACACGCAAGGACUCGGAUCGUAGGACGGGAAGGCGCGGCGUGCUGGGAAUGCUGUAGGAGUAACAACGGAGCGUUGCCUGGAAACACCAGCAUGCCAAUACAACAGAUAACUGUGGUCCCAGCCAGGGAGACUGCCAGCAACGGUAAGAGCGCCACUCGCUCCAAAGACAAGACCGAGGGGAGGAAGGCCCCUGGGCGCUCAGGGAGUCGAUCCAGCAACAUCUCCAAGGCCAGCAACUCUACAACAGGACCAACGACAGCCUCAAGAAACUCAAUCACCCCGUCUUCUCAGGACAUAUGCAGUUCUGCCCAGCCGACCCUUGUAGAGGAGGAUGCCUCUGAGUUGCACACACACGACAAGCACACACACACCUCCGUGAUGACAGUCACCGGCACAGCUCUGGGCUCAUCAGCUCAGUCCCAGAAGAAGCAGGUGAAGCGCCGCCACCGCCGCAAGAGGAGCAGCUGCACCACCAUCGACUGCGUGGAAACCAACGCCAAACAGGAGCAGACCGACCGCAGCGCCAGCUCUGACCGCAGUGAGCGCGGGGAAAAGAGGGAGCGCUCCUCCAAGAGCCGGAGAGAGCUCCCACCUCGCCUCCGCUGCACGGAGGCUCCCCAGUCCGACUCCACCUCAGACGAUGAGGAGUGGCGCAAGUCCCGUAGCUGGAGCAAAGAGAAGGCCCGAAGAGUGCGCCGCCGCAGUGGAAGCAGCCGAGAAAUAGAAGUGACGAAUGGGGGUAGAGGAGGGGAAGACAAAACAGAGAUCAUGGAGCUGCAGUCGGUGGGCUCGGAUGAGGGGAAGGAGAACCAGCCAUCAGUGGAGGACAGCGGAGGCCUUAAGAAGCGGCACAGCAGCAGAGCCUCGAAGAGAGAAGGCCAACUAUCAUCGAAGGAGGAGCAGAGCAGAGAUAAGGAGAAGAGCUACAAGUCUUGCAGCUCAGGUAGCUCCUCAUUGGCAGAGGACGCUGAGGAGCUCAUCACCAAGAGAUACCAGGAGAAGGGGUCAGGCAGUGGGGACAUGUCAGUUCCCACACCACAGACACACUGCGGCAUGAAUGGAGACAUAUCACGGCUCUGCUCUGACGACUCUGAGCUGGAGGUCUGCAGGAUCUGCCACUGUGAGGGGGAUGACGAGUGCCCGCUGAUAAUGCCUUGUCGCUGCACGGGGAGCCUGAGCUUCGUCCACCAGGCCUGUCUCAACCAGUGGAUCAAAUCGUCAGACACUCGCUGCUGUGAACUCUGCAAGUUUGACUUCGUCAUGGAGACGAAGCUCAAACCUCUACGCAAGUGGGAGAAGCUAAACAUGACGAAGGGCGAGAGGAGGAAGAUCUUCUGUUCAGUGUUGUUUCACCUGAUAGCAAUAGUGUGUAUGUUGUGGUCAGUCUACGUCCUCGUCAAGAGAACCGCGGAGGAGAUCAGACUCGGGAAGAAUGAGGAAUUAUGGCGAGUUACUCUUCUGAAGUACUAUACGCCAAAUGGUGUGCUGGAGUGGCCCUUCUGGACAAAACUGAUCGUGGUGGCCAUAGGCUUCACAGGCGGCCUCAUCUUCAUGUACAUCCAGUGUAAAGUCUACCUGCAGCUGUGGCGCCGCCUCAAGGCCUUCAACCGCAUCAUCACUGUGCAGAACUGCCCCGAGAAAGGCCUGCACAACUCUCAGGCCCAGACCAGUGCCCUGACCAACGGCAGGCACGAGACAGUGGAUGUCCCCGUCAGUCCGGCACCCGCCCUGGCUCCAGAUGCACAGAUGGACUCUGACAUGUCAGUGGAGGCGGCAGUGGCUCCGUCACGAAACCCCGUCUGACUGAUUCUCCUCCCACACAAAGGGAGAGAGUCCUGAAUCACACCCUGCUCAUCAGACAACACGAGCUGCUGGGAGCAAGGUGUGAUUAGACUCGUACAGUGUUUUAGUGUUGUUGUCAUGUCAGCUCCUGUGAUUGCUGAACUUGAGACGCAAAGGACGACUUAAGUCCAUCAGUGAUCGAGGAAAACUGAAAGGCUGAAGGGCUGCAGUGUAUGUGCGAAGUAAGGAGGAAGCCAGGAAAUGGCUAAAAGGCGAGGAGAUGUAAAGGAAAAUAAAGCCAUCAGCAGGAGAGGUUUGUACAGACUUUAGUUAUGUGGUAUAUUGAGUUUUAUUCCUGUAUGCACUUUCUUAAACUGCACUGAGAUGAGUUAAAGGUGUGAAAACACUCAGAGGAAGCUAUUAAAGGUCUCAGUAUGCUUCAGACGAUCCUCAGACGACACUGGCAGUGACAAAGGCCGACUGUUGAGACUCAACAUAAAGACGACAGUCAACUAGCAUGUAUGUUCUGUUCCUUCACGAUAGAAAACAACUCUGCAUAUCAUCAGGUGGCAACAGUCUGUAUCCGUCCUUCUAAAAGCCAAACCGGAAAGAUCAUGGCUGCAGACAUGCAAAACGUUAUGAUGAAGCAGCAUGUAUGACACCAAACAAGGCCACUAUUGCUGCCACAGGCAACUGUUCGAUAGGUAUGUCAGGGCGGUAAAGUUUGUGCUAAGAAUAAAUUAACCGAAACCAACUAUUUCAGAUGCAGUUAGACAAUCCAGCUUUGUUUGAAGCAUACUGAGGUCUUAACUCUCCUUCUGGACAAUCAGGUCUUCAGACACCAAAGAGUCAGAAAUGAUGAGUAGAGAACAAUUAUUUAAACACUAUCUUUAGGUCAGUCUGAAAUCAAGAAAAUGUAAUGUUUUGAAAAAAAGCUGAAUUUAUUUAUUAUCAUAGAAACUUUUGAAUAUUUCUUUAAAUAGAAAACUCUCAAGUAUUCCAGUUGUUGAUGAUGUUUUUGACAGUCUGCAGCUUCAUGUGGUCCUGCUCCGCCAGGUCCCGUCAUUCACACACCGAUUUAAAUAGAGCUUCACGGUCGUCAUCCAGUAAUGUUUUUACAUCAGACUUGGCACGUGUGUGAGUGACUGACCAGUCAACCAACUGAAGGUGACUGUUGUUUACACUUGUCCACUUUUCUACUGGUUUAAUUUGGUUUUCUACUAGCGUCACUGUCGUGUCACAGAAAACUUUGUCUUUAAUCCACUGCCACAUGAGAGCACUUAACAUCUUUGUCAAAAACCUUUUUUUUUUUUUCUAUCCCUGAUUGGAUAAAAUUGAAUAUUCAGGUUACACACGAUGCAUUUUUGUUUGUGCAAUAAACAAUGAAUGUAGAACCCCUCA